AUGCAGGCCUACGCUUCCUUCGCAGGUCCCUCGCCUCGACAAUCGAAUGCUGCGCGGCCGCUGCCUUCCGCAGGCGCGUCACCUGCCUUCCACCCCUAUCAGUCACCCAAGCCCAGGUUACCGGCACAGAUCACUUUCAUCAAUGCGACGACCACCGCGGCCGGGGGGUUCGACGGCCCUGGCCAGGUCAAGCAGAAACGAAAGCGGAUCAUGCCGGAGCAACUCGAGCAUCUCUGCGAGCUAUUCGACAGAACGGACUCGCCUACCUACGAUAUGCGCGAGCAAGUUGCUGUCAAAGUGGGAAUGACGAAUCGGGAGGUACAGGUGAGUCUCAUCGAUUCUGCAUGAUUGUGCAUUGCUCUCCCCCUCAAGUCGUGCUGACGUGUUGUGUGGCACACUCUUGCUCGUGGCCUUGACGUUAGGUGUGGUUCCAAAACCGACGUGCUAAGGUGGCCCGACAGCAAGCAGCCGAAAUGCCGCCGCCGCCGCCUCGAAUGGAACCUGCCAAAGCGCCCUCGGUUGUCAAGCCUUCGCCGGUCACAUCCUACACCUCGCGCUUUGCCGCUGCGUCGGAAGGGUAUUUGCCCAGCGAGGGUGGGCAGUGGAAAGGCCGAUCAUACGCCGCUGAUGGUCACCCUGGCUCGCCAGAGGAGGGGUUCACGCAUCAAACCGCGUUGUUCAGGGCGUCGCCCGGACCAGCCCCGGUGCGACCCUCAGGACUUGUUACCGCCGAGCCUGAUGGGCUUGGCCAAGCCGUGCCAACAAAAAGACGGCCAGACGAAGAGGAAGGUCAGCCGUAUCCGACGCACUUCCAGCGACCCUCGCCAUCGCUUGCUCUGCCCUUGAUGUCUCCGAGUGCCAAUUUCCGCUCGCCAGGAAGCUCGGGAUCUCUCGCAUCGCCGUCUCUGGGGUCCAAUUACUCGCCAUUCGCACCCCUGCCCUCACCCUCCCAGGCUUCCUCGUAUCAGGGAAGCCAGACCUUUGGCACACCCUCAGGGUAUUCGACCUCGGGCUCGUCGUAUAUAUCGGGAUCGGAUAUUUCCUUCUCGCCUGUCUCGUACUGCAGUAGUCCUGGAGGUGGCCACUUUUUCCGCCUCUCACUCGACUCGCCCGGCGUCAAAGGCGCAUCGCCGAGAGCAAGCCCACGUCCUGGCAUGUUUGACCUUUCACCUAUCAUUCCGAGUGGGCUUCCCGAGGGUCCGAUCCAGCUCCGACCGAUCUUAUCGCCCGAUAUCUGGGAUGAGCGACACCGGGAAGCCAUGCGCGAGCGGCAAAGGAGUUCGGACUGUCCGCAAGACGAGGACGACAAUGCGCAGACUUUUGGCUCGCGUGUCGACGAGAUCAAUAUGGAGGCACUGUCCAAAACCGAAGACUCCGGAAAGGCAUCAAAAUCCGGCUUGGGUCAGCGUCGACCACAGUCAUCGCCUACAACGCUCUCGCCCAAUUCCAAGUCCGCCCAGCUCGCGUACUCGUCACGGCUGGCGGCGGAUCAGUCGCUCCGAGCUCAAAAUCUGGGUCGACGCUAUACGAUUUCAAGGCCGUCCUCCCUUUCGACAAGCACCGCGCAUCAGACCGAAGAGGGUGGGAGCGACAAGCUGACCGAUGACCAGCUAGUUGUCCGUCUUGGCUCGAUCCAAUCGGCUCAGCCGCUCGGGUUGGGCAUGCUCGCGGUUGCGGCCAGUGAACAGUCGGGUGGUGGGGAUGAAGAGGACGAGGCCGAGCUAAGGGCUCGAGAGCGCUACCUGGCCACGAGGAGGCUCUCGCUAGCACCUACAGCCCUUGUUGAGGAUUCGAUGGGCCGAGGGCAGCAAGAGAGCUAG